GUACAAUAUGGACGACGAUGGUAUGAUGCUUAACUUUGCCCCUGUUAGGUCUCAACCUAAUAACAAUAGAUCGCAACCAACUCAUCGAUCUGGGAAAACAGGUUCCACCAAUUCGUCUUUCUCAACUACUGAAGAAGCAAGAUCAAAAAAAACAACACCUACAACCAACAGCAACAGCAAGAUCGCAGACGAUUCAACUACUGCAACCUCGGUCAAACUUGUUCAUGGCAAGGCACAAAUCCAAUCUUCACUAUUCACCUCUAAUCCUACUGUCAAGGUAGAACGCAUGUCGACCAGCGAGAAAAUGGAUCAACAACCUAGUAAUGCACCUUCAGCUGAUGAAACAAAUACACUUGCUUCCUUGGGUCUUUGUUCCGAAUUGAUUCAAGCGCUUGAAAAGAUGAAUGUAUAUCAACCUACACUGGUACAGCGAAGAGCCAUUCCUCUCCUUCUUGGUCCAGCACAACAUCAACAAACAGCUUAUGAUUUGAACAACAGCAGCAACAAAAGGAAGGCUGAUGUUGACAUUGUAGUACAAGCACAAACCGGCUCUGGUAAGACGUUGACCUACUUGUUACCGAUUGUCCAAAGACUGGUGGCAGCAUCGACCUACGAUACCAACAAAAGUUCAGCAAAGGCGGCAUUUGGUGAUCGAACUAUUGGCACGGUUGGCAUUAUCCUUACACCCACACGUGAAUUAGCUCAACAAGUGACAACUGUUUUACGACAACUACUUCAACUACCCCGGAUACCAGCAGAUGCAGAUUACGGUCGACGUCAUUGGAUGGUAGCGGAUAUGGUGAUGGGUGGUGGCAACAAAUCAAAGGAAAAGGCUCGUUUACGUAAAGGGGUAACACUCUUGGUCAGUACACCUGGACGACUCUUGGAUCAUCUACAAAACACAAAGAGUUUUGAUAUUCGACACUUGAAAUGGCUUGUUUUGGAUGAAGCAGAUCGUUUACUUGAUCUUGGUUUUGAAGAAACGCUCAAGAAUAUUAUGGAUCUCAUCAAACAACGUACUGAACAACCUCCUCAACCCGCUUUUCGACAAUACUUGCAAUCAGUGGUAUGGCCUCGCUCCCGACAGACUAUUCUAUGCUCAGCUACGUUACGUGAUGAUGUGAAACAUUUGGCAGGUACAGCAUUAGUGGAUCCUAUUUUUGUACGUGGUUCGGAUCAAGAAAACGACUCGUCUAUAGUACAAGAAAAAUUGAAUGCGGAUCAUCAUAUUGAUAAGGAUGAAGAUGAUAUGAAAUUCUCCACUCCCAAUCAAUUGAAACAAACAUAUACAAUAUCACCAGCAAAACUACGACUUGUGACAUUGACAGCCAUGCUACAACAAUGUAUGAAGGAUAAACGAAAACCUAGCAAAGUGAUUGUAUUCUUCUCUUGUUGUGAUUCUGUGGAUUUCCAUUAUGAUUUAUUCGCCAAAGCUGGAACUAUCAAGAGUGAUGUAGAUGAAGACAAGGAUGAUUUGAUGGAAAUACUGGACAAUCAUGAUGAUGACGAUGAUGAUGAUGAUGAUGAUACCAAACGAAAUAAAAACAACUAUCAUCAACAACAAAAGAACAAGAAAACAAGAAAGGAACGACAACAGGAACAAGAUGAAUUUAGACGUCAACCUAGUCAACCAAGUACUUUAUUAGGUGGUGAUGGCAAUGAAGUCUCUAUUUAUCGAUUACAUGGUGAUUUGGAACAACACAUUCGAAGUCUAACUUUUUCCACUUUUAGUGAAGCUACUAGUGGUAUUUUACUCUGUACAGAUGUGGCAGCUCGUGGUUUAGAUCUUCCAAAUGUGGAUCGCAUCAUUCAAUAUGAUCCACCUACGGAUAUGAAGGAUUACGUGCAUCGGGUUGGACGGACGGCUCGUUUAGGCAAGGCUGGUGAGGCUCGUUUAUUCUUACUCCCUAGUGAAAUGGAUUAUUUACCUAUUCUCAAGGCACAAGGAAUGACCAUUCAACCUGUUACUGUGGAAAAUGUAUUGGCUCAAUCAUUUGGAAAACAACAACAUGUAUAUGAAACCAAGGCGCAAGAAUAUCAGAAUCAAUUGGAACGCUAUGUCCUUUCAGAAGAAGAGCAUGUCUUAUUAGCUAGAAAAGCAUUUUGGUCCAGUGUUCGAGCCUAUGCCACUCAUGCUGCCUCUGAAAAACAUGUCUUCCAUGUCAAGAAAUUACACUUGGGUCAUCUUGCCAAAUCAUUUGCAUUACGUGAAGCACCUUCUCAUUUACAAGAUCCAAGUAAGAUUCAGAAGAAAAAGGAUGCCAAACAAGAACGUAUGCCAGGGAAACAAAAAUUAUUAGACAAGGACAACAAAUCUAAGGGCUCUCAUCAAAAUAACAAUAUUCCACAAAAGAAAAGGAAACAGUAUGAUCAAGCUGAUGAAUUUGCUAUUGCUAACUCGGAUUAUCUCUCUGGCGGUCCCACCACUAAAAAGAAGAAGAAGAUCAUGACAACAAAACAAAAUAAGUAGAAGAAUGAUGAUGAUGAUUUUUUUUUUGUAGAAAAUAGUUUAGAUCUCCACUCUUUUUUUUUUUUUUUUACAAUUUACCAUACAUAGUUUGAUAUUCUCUCAUCAUUUUUUUAUUUUUAUUUUUAUUUUUAUUUUUGCAUUUACAAUAAAGAGCCACUCUUAUCAUAUAUAGAAAGUAUCGA